AUGGUUGGUCUGUCUUUGAGGCUCGACAUCAAAUUCUCCAACUUCAAUGAGUUCUACAUUUACUACCUCUCGAAGCACAUGCAUCAAUGGACGCGCCGGGGCCACGUCGCUGGGACCAUGCUUGCCGCCGUGCUGCUGUUGCUGUCGCUGGUGAAGCGUGGCUCGGUGGCGUGCGCCGUUGGCGCCCCCAUUCUUGGCUACGGCGUUGCCUGGGCCAGUGACGUCGCGGUGGAGGGCAUCACCCCAACAUCGUUCAACCACCCCUGGUGGUCGUUCCUUGCAAACAUGAAGCUUGUGAAGGAUGUACUUUGCAGCAAGCAGACGGUGUAA